CGAAAUUCCGAUCGUGCGGAUAGAGCUCCUCGUAUAAAAAAGAAAUAUGAACCCAUUAAAAUAAAUACUACGGGAAAUAUUGCGCUAUAUUCGACAUUUAUCAAUGAAUCAUGGUCAUUUUUUUACAUAGCGUAGUCCGUUAAAUAUAAUUUUAUCAUGUUAAUAUCAUUAUAACCACUUCCGGUUAUUCUCGAGGGAUACUCGUCGUGACCGCGGCUAAAGUUCACCGCCGUCGGAGAGUAAAGGAGAGGAUUUAUAUUUAUGUCUACACUUCUGACAGUGAAAAACAAAAGAGUAUGAGUCAGAAGACGGAGCGCCGCGGCAUCCAUGUGGACCAGUCGGAGCUGCUGUGCAAAAAGGGAUGCGGUUACUACGGAAACGCAGCCUGGCAGGGCCUGUGCUCCAAGUGUUGGAGGGAGGAGUACCAGCGGGUUCGGCAAAAGCAGAUCCAGGACGACUGGGCCCUCGCUGAAAAGCUGCAGCGGGAGGAGGAGGCGGCCGCCUACACCAGCAGUCAUGGCGGGCCAGCUCAGACCCAGUCCACGCCGUCCACAAACACCUCACUCGGACCCUUCUCCAAGUUUGAGGAGAAAAAAACCAACGAGAAGACACGGAAAGUGACGACGGUCAAGAAGUUCUUCAGCUCGUCGUCCCGCACCGCUCCCAAGAAAGAAUCUCCCGAGGUGAAGACGACAAGUCCCUCCAUUAGUCGCCAUGCUAGACUGGACUUGGACUCGGACCAGGUCUCCAGGGACUUUGUGGAGUUUUUGAGGAGCCUUCAGCGGCCGGGCCGAGAGAUCCACAAACAGAGUCGGAGCUUCCUUGUCAGCAUGUCCGGCAAGAAGGACUUGAAUGCGGAAGAACUGUCAGAGUGUGUUCAGGACUUCUACCAGAACAUGACGGACCGCCUGACCAUUCACUUCAAAGGUGGGCGGUCUUUGUCGUGGUCUUCGUCAAAGAUGAGUUGUUGUCCUCAAACCUUAUCUUCUCCAGGUUCCUCCGAGGACGUGGAGCAGGUGAUGGACCAGGUGGAAAAGUACAUCAUGUCUCAUUUGUACAAAAGCGUUUUCUGCCCGGAGACCUCGGACGACGAGAACAAGGACCUGGCCAUGCAGAACAGGAUCAGAGCUCUACACUGGGUCAACAUCCACAUGCUCUGUGUGCCCAUGGACCAGGAAAUACCACAAGUGUCUGACAACGUGCUCAAAGCCAUAACAGACAUCAUGGAGAUGGACUCCAAGAAGGUUCCCAGGGACAAGCUGGCGUGCGUCACGCGCUGCAGCAAGCACAUCUUCGCCGCCAUCAGAGGCACCAAGAGCGAGCCGGCGUCGGCGGACGACUUCCUGCCCGCCCUCAUUUACGUGGUCCUGAAGGCCAACCCGCCGCGGCUGCAGUCCAACAUCCAGUACAUCACACGCUUCUGCAAGCCCAGCAGGCUGAUGACGGGGGAGGACGGAUACUACUUCACUAACCUGUGCUGUGCGGCGGCCUUCAUCGAAAAACUGGACGCUCAGUCCCUCAACCUCACCCCCGAGGAGUUCCAGUCCUACUUGUCGGGUCAGGCCUCGCCGCGGUUCCCCGACCCCGCCGCCCUCGACUGGCGUCACGGCGGCGCUCCGCCGGACUCCGCCGUGUCCCCGAGCCCCGCCCUGGCCCGGCUCCGCCGCAACCUGGAGCUCCUGUCGGACCUCUGCGGCCGCCAGGAGUCUUUGACGCAGGCGGCCGUGCGGCUGAGGGCGGAGCUACUGGGUUGGCGUGACGACGUGCGGCGAGAAGUGCAGCACGCCGUGGAAAAACACCCUCUCACCGUGCGGGGCUGCAACCUGCCCAACAUCGCCGACGACAACGUGGACAAUGACCUGCUGCCCCCGCCCCUCGUGCCGCAGGUGUUUGCUGGGUAACGCACACACACGCACACACACACACACACACACACACACACACACACACACACACACACACACACACGCACACACACACACACACACACACACACACACACACACACACACGCACACACACACGUUGCUGUGUUUGCUCAAUGAUUAACUUCACCCAAGUUCCCACUGCUGAACAUCUUCACCACUUCACUAAAAAGUCAACAAAGGUGUCGUUAUCGAUAUCAGUCGAUAUCGGUUAUCGGUCCGAAAUCAUAAAAAAAAAAAAAAAAAAAAGUAUUUAGUGAUAUCAAUUUGUUUUUAAAUUUUCCAACACCAGCUCACAAGUUUGGUCUUAUCUUCCAUUUCAGUCAAUCAUUUACAACGGGUGCACUUGCCAAGUUGCUAGGCGAAAGGCUACUAUGAGUUAGCAACUACACAGCAGCUAAGCACACAAUAGCACUCAAGCUAGACACUUGUAAUAAUAAUCAAACAAUAUUGCAGUUUAAAAUGUGUCAAAAUAAACAUUUUUUAAAAAAUAUAUAUAGUUGCAUUUACAAAAUCUCCAAGGCCGAAGCCUAUUGGAAAGUAUUCAGUAACAAACGUGUCCGCAUCAUCCAUAAUAAAUCAUUGUGGCCAUCACAUGUCACCAAAGGAACAAUUACCACACCGCUUCAACGCAGAGAGAGCAUAACCCAGCAGACACAAGACAUUGUGAUGCAACGUUGAUUGUACAUACACGUCCUUUAAAACUGACGUUGAAACAACGUCGCAAAAUAGUUUUGUUUGUAAGUUGAGAGACAACGCUAUUGAUAACGUUGGAUCCACGCUGUUGUUUGGGAAAGGGGCCAAAUUUCAAUGGUCGAAUCAACGUCAGAACCCGACCUUGAUUGAACGUCGUCAAAAAGCAUGCUGUUUCAACGUUGUAGAAUAUUGGUUGGGAAAAUGAUCAAAUUUCAACGGUUGAAUCAACGUCAGAACCCGACAUUGAUUAAACGUUGUCAAAAAGCAUGCUGUUUCAACAUUGUAGAAUAUUGGUUGGGAAAAUGAUCAAAUUUCAACGGGUGAAUCAACGUCAGAACCCGACAUUGAUUGAACGUCGUCAAAAAGCAUGCUGUUUCAACGUUGUAGAAUAUUGGUUGGGAAAAUGAUCAAAUUUCAACGGUUGAAUCAACGUCAGAACCCGACAUUGAUUAAACGUUGUCAAAAAGCAUGCUGUUUCAACGUUAGGUUAUAGUUGUAGAAUAUUGGUUGGGAAAAUGACCACAUUUUCAAUGGUUGAAUCAACGUCAGAACCCAACAUUGAUUAAACGUUGUCAAAAAAGCAUGUUGUUUCAAUGUUAGGUUUGAGUUGUAGAAUAUUGGUUUGGAAAAUGACCAAAUUUCAAUGGCUGAAUCAACGUCUGAACGCGACAUUGAUUAAACUUCAAAAAUCAUGUUGUUUCAACGUUAGGUUUGAGUUGUCGAAUAUUGGUUGGGAAAAUGACCAAAAUUGAAUGGCUGAAUCAACGUCUGAACGCGACAUUGAUUAAACUUCAAAAAUCAUGUUGUUUCAACAUUAGGUUUGAGUUGUAGAAUAUUGGUUGGGAAAAUCACCAAAAUUCAAUGGUUGAAUCAACGUAAAAACCCAACAUUGAUUAAAUGUCGUCAAAAAGCAUGUUGUUUCAACAUUAGGUUUGAGUUGUAGAAUAUUGGUUGGGAAAAUGACCAAAAUUCAAUGGUCAAAUCAACGUCACAACCCGGCAUUGAUGAAACGUCAAAAAGCAUGUUGUUUCAUUGUUGUAGAAUUUUGGUUGGGAAAAUGACCAAAAGUCAAUGAACAAAUCAGAACCCAACAUUGAUUAAGCAUUGUGCUGUUAUUUCUACCUUGGGUUUGAGUUGUAGAAUAUUGGUUGGGAAAAUGACCAAAAUUCAAUGGUCAAAUCAAAGUCAGAACCUGGUAUUGAUGAAACGUCAAAAAGCAUGUUGUUUCCACGUUGUAGAAUUUUGGUUGGGAAAAUGACCAAAAGUCAAUAGUCAAAUCAUCAUCAAAACCCCACAUAGAUUAAAUAUUGUGCUGUUGUUUCAACGUUAGGUUUGAGUUGCAGAAUUUUGGUUGGGAAAAUGACCAAAAGUCAAUAGUCAAAUCAACAUCAGAACCCCACAUUGAUUAAAUAUCGUGUUUCAACGGUAGGUUUGAGUUGUAGAAUAUUGGUUGGGAAAAUGACUAAAAUUCAAUUAUCAAAUCAAUGUCAGAACCCAACAUUGAUCAAACGUAGUCAAAAAGCAUGUUGUUUCAACGUUAGGUUUGAGUUGUCAAAUAUUGGUUGGGAAACUGACCAAAAUUCAACGGUUAAAUCAACGUCAGAACCAAACAUCGAUUAAACGUCAUCAAAAAGCACGUUGUUUGAACAUUAAGUGUGAGUUGUAGAAUAUUGGUUGGGAAAAUGACCAAAAUUCAAUGGUUGAAUCAACGUAAGAACCCAACAUUGAUUAAACAUCGUCAAAAAGCUUGUUGUUUCAAUGUUAUGUUUGAGUUGUCAAAUAUUUGUUGGGAAACUGACCAAAAUUCAACGGUUAAAUCAACGUCAGAACCAAACAUCGAUUAACGUCAUCAAAAAGCAUGUUGUUUGAACAUUAAAUUUGAGUUGUAGAAUAUUAGUUGGGAAAAUGACCAAAAUUCAAUGCUUGAAUCAACGUAAGAACCUAACAUUGAUUAAAUGUCGUCAAAAAGCAUGUUGUUUCAACUUUGUAUUUAUGUGGUAGAAUAUUGGUUGGGAAAAUUACCAAAACUCAAUGUCAAAUCAACGUCAGAACCCAACAUUGAAUAAACGUCGCCAAAAAGCAUGUUGUUUCAACGUUAGGUUUGAGUUGUAGAAUAUUGGUUCAGAAACUGACCAAAAUUCAACGGUCAAAUCAACGUCACAACCCGGCAUUGAUGAAACGUCAAAAAGCAUGUUGUUUCAACGUUGUAGAAUUUUGGUUGAGAAAAUGACCAAAAUUCAAUGGUCGGAUCAACGUUGAAUAAACGCCCUGAAAAAGCAUGUCGUUUCAACGUUAAGUUUGAGUUGCUCAACUUCACGACCUAAUUCAACACGGUGUCAACGUUGUUUCAAUGUCUGGUGUCUGCUGGGAAGUCCUGGUUCAUAAUAAAUAAGUUAGUGUUGUCAUGACUACCUUUGUUCUCUGUGUCACUCUUUGCACUUGAUCAAACUUUUUCUAACAUUCCGCACUACAAAACAAAAGUAUGUAUGUUUCCUGCUGAUAUCAUAUCAGAUCAAUAUCGGUAUUGGCCAAUGCUCUGAUACCGGAAGUGAAAAAGUUGUAUCAGGCCCCUGAUUUAAACCAAAAUAUUAGAAACAUCUCCCAUCAGGAUGUUGGAUCAUAUUUGGAGUACACACAUGUGUACGUAGUGUACACACAUGUGUACUUAGUGUACACACAUGUGUACUUAGUGUACACACAUGUGUACUUAGUGUACACACAUGUGUACGUAGUGUACACACAUGUGUACUUAGUGUACACACAUGUACUCCAAGUGUACUUUGGACUACACGUGCACUUGUAUCGCAGAACAUUUUCGAAAGAAAACAAAGGCUCAGAAGAAGAAAAUUGCCCAAAAAGAAGUCUUCACACAUGUUUGACUCUUCAUUUAUUAAUAUAUAUAUUAAUGUGUGUCUGUGUGAUACUUUUGAUGACACGUGACUUUUUCUGUGAUUUCCUCCUCCUGGUGCACGAUGGUGAGAGAGAGAGAGAAAAAAAAAAAAGCCAUUUUAAAGGGCAGUCAUGUGACAAAAGUCAUUCUCGACCGUCUGGAAAAUUCCACAAACGACGUUGCAUCCUUUUGGUCGUCGCACGCAGCAGAAAUAAAGAAAGAGAUCAAUCAUA